AUGCCGGCGGGCUCCGAGGGCGAGGACGGCCCGGCCGGGGAGCAGCCCGGCCCCGGCGGCCCCAAGCUCUGCGGGUACCUGCAGAAGCUGUCGGGGAAAGGGCCCCUGCGCGGCUUCCGCACCCGCUGGUUCGUGUUCGACCCGCGCCGCUGUUACCUCUACUACUUCAAGGGGCCGCAGGAGCCGCUGCCGCUCGGGCACAUCGACAUCGCCUCCGCCUCAUUCAGCUACCACCAGCCCGAGGCGGGCGCGGCCGCGCCGGGGGACGAGCCCCCCGCCUUCGAGGUGCACGGGCCCGGCGGGGCCGUCGCCGUGCUCAAGGCUGCAACUCGUCAGGACAUGACCUACUGGCUGCAGGAGCUCCAGCAGAAGAGGUGGGAAUAUUGCAACAACCUGGACGCAGCCAAGAGGGACAGCCGGACCUCCCCCACCCCCAGUGACUUCUCCAAAGGUCUCGUUGCCAAAGACAAUCCCGAUUUGAGUAUCCUAAGUCAGAAUGCCUCAGCAGAGAGAGCUAGAAAUAUUCUAGCUGUGGAGACUUCUCCUACAGACCUGGUGGGGGAACAAGCAGCUUCCCAGCCUGCACCAGUCCAAGCAAGUGCCAUCAACUUCUCACUUAAACAAUGGAGCACUGAACUCAAAAAUUCCAUGUCCUCCCUAAGAAAAGGAAAUAACGAAAACCGCAAGAGCAUAUUUUACACCACCGAGGAGUGGGAACUGCUGGAUCCAACCCCCAAAGACUUGGAGGACUCCAUGGCUCUGGAAGAAAAGAGGAAGCACCUGGCAGAAGGAAGUAAAGGACUGACUAGUUCAGCUUUUCCAUUUGAUUUUGGCCGCAUUCCACACAAAGCAAGGCGCCCCUUGCUGAAGGACAUGAUGGGAUCGAGCAAGAACCGCACCGGCAGCGACUCCUCUCCAACAGAGUGGUGUUCUGGCAAUGGCAACAAACUGGUCUCUGAGCUGCAGCUCAAGUAUCAAAGCCAGCAGGAAGAGCUGGAGAAGCUGAAGAAAGAUCUUUUGAGCCAAAAGGAACUUGUUCGACUCCUGCAGCAAACAGUCCGGUCCUCCCAGUAUGAUAAAUACUUUGCCAGCCGCCUCUGUGAGGGGGUUCCCAAAGACAAACUAGAGCUGUUGCACCAAAAAGACGACCAGAUUUUGGGUCUCAACAAUCAGCUUGAAAAGUUAAACCUGGAAAAAGACAGUCUCCAGCAGGAAGUGAAGAACCUGAAAUGCAAAGUUGGAGAACUCAAUGAGCAGCUGGGUAUGUUGAUGGAAACUAUUCAAGCUAAAGAUGAGGUGAUCAUGAAACUCUCCCGGCAGCUCAGUGAAUGUGAGGACAGUUCAUCCUCUCCAAGUGGAGCAGUAAAUUCUCCCACGGCCACCAGUGCUAAUAAGGACCUGCAGGAACUGGACAGACUAAAAGACAAUCUUCAGGGUUAUAAGACCCAGAAUAAAUUUUUAAAUAAGGAGAUUUUGGAACUUUCUGCUCUACGAAGAAGCGCAGAAGCAAGAGAGAGAGAAUGGCAGGCAAAGUACACCAGCUUGGAAGCCAAACUCUGCCAGAUUGAAAGUAAAUACUUGAUCUUGCUUCAAGAAAUGAAAACUCCAGUUUGCUCUGAGGAGCAGAGUCCUGCUCGUGAGGUCAUCACACAGUUACUGGAAGAUGCCUUGAAAGCAGAAACCAGUGAACAACCAGAACAGGCCUUUUUCAAACCACACCUGGUCAGUGAAUAUGAUAUAUAUGGGUUUCAGACAGUCCCAGAGGAUGAUGAGGAGGAGAAACUAGUAGCAAAAUCACGAGCUUUGGACCUGAGGUCGCUUUCCCUCAGUGAAAAUCGAGAGAUCUCAGCUGGAGUAAAAUGGGAAAACUACCUUGCCAGCACCAUGAACAGGGAGAUGAUGCGCUCCGUGGAGCUGAAGAACCUCAUCCGCUCUGGAAUUCCACACGAGCACCGCUCCAAGAUCUGGAAGUGGUGUGUCAAUCUUCAUGUUAAAAAAUUCAAGGACAGCACAGUACCUGGGUACUUCCAAACCUUGCUUCAAAAUGCUCUGGAGAAACAAAAUCCUGCAUCCAAACAGAUUGAGUUGGAUCUCUUGAGGACUUUGCCCAACAACAAACAUUAUUCCUCCCCGACAUCCGAAGGGAUCCAGAAGCUGCGGAAUGUGCUGCUGGCAUUUUCCUGGAGAAAUCCUGAUAUAGGAUAUUGCCAGGGGCUCAACAGGUUGGUGGCAAUUGCACUUCUGUACUUGGAACAGGAAGAUGCUUUUUGGUGUCUGGUAACAAUAGUGGAGGUUUUCAUGCCACGUGAUUAUUAUACAAAGACACUGCUGGGAUCCCAGGUUGAUCAGCGGGUUUUCAAGGACUUGAUGAGUGAGAAGCUGCCACGACUUCACGCUCACUUUGAGCAGUACAAAGUGGAUUACACCCUUAUCACCUUCAACUGGUUCCUGGUGGUGUUUGUGGACAGUGUGGUCAGCGACAUCCUUUUCAAAAUCUGGGACUCCUUCCUCUAUGAGGGACCAAAGGUAAUAUUCCGAUUUGCCCUGGCACUUUUUAAAUACCAAGAAGAGGAAAUCUUAAAGCUGCAGGAUUCCAUGUCCAUCUUCAAGUACCUUCGCUACUUCACACGCAACAUACUCGAUGCCAGGAAGCUGACUGCUAUUGCCUUUGGAGACCUGAAUCCCUUUCCCUUACGGCAAAUCAGGAACAGGAGGACCUACCACCUGGAGAAGGUGCGGCUGGAGCUGACGGAGCUCGAGGCCAUUCGCGAGGAUUUCCUGCGGGAGCGGGAGACGUGUGUGGAGAAAAGGGACCUCAUUAGCGACGAUGAGGAGGACAGCUGAGACUGCCCGCCAGGAACUGUCCUUUGGGAGCGAGACCAAAGGGAGGGAACCUCCAAAACACUUUAUUCCCCCUGUCAAACAGAAUGUAAACGAGUUGCUUUUGGAAAUAUGCAGGACAGAUUUCCAAACCCCAGCACUUUCAGCAGUAGCGCUUUGUGUGGAGGUCAAACACUUCUGUUUACAUUGAUGUUCAUGGAGUCCUUUGUAGAGCACUUAAUACCUGUCUCAGUUCAGGCAGUCAGCUUGAACUGCCAGUUGGUUUUUUUCCCCCAGUACACCCUCAAUGUCUGGCUGUGAAACCAGAGUGAGAAAGGUCCCUGCUCUGUUUACUGCCCUCAUUGCCAUUCUGUGUGGUUUUGGUGUAACCCUGUUUUUUUGUAGUGCAGGUUCAAUGUGAGAGGACAUCAUAUUUUUUGGUCUCAGAUUGGCUCAAUUUAGCUAUUCCUGAGGUCACUAACUAAAAAGGUAUGGAGUGAAGCACAGGAAGAACUUUUACAUUCCUUUGUCUUUUCCUGAAGUGACAUGAAAUGGAUCUCCAAACAGAACACUUGAAUAUUUGUUCUCUAAAGGAAAGCUGAAACAAGUACCUAUUUACCACUGAAUGUUCAGUGUGUACUGAAACAGUGAUAUCAAACAUCAUUUAUGCUUUUCAGGGCAGCUGUGUUGAUAAAGAUUCUCAUUAAUUCCAAGGGGUUUACAGAUCAAAUUCUGUUUAGAGCAUUUUAUUUCUAUUCAUUUAUUUGAUUGCAAUGUUUCAAAAAAGGUCACAACCAAACUUCAGAUAUCGUAGAAGAAUGGAGCUUGUCACAGGAGUACCAUGCUUUAGUAGGUAAUUAUUUGUGUAUCUGUUGAAGGUUUGUUUUGUUAUGGUUUGUUUUGUCUUUUUUUUUUUUUAAUACUUCUUCCUGUUUAGGACUUAAGGUGAAGUCUUACUCUUUAAGAAGAAACAGUGGUUUUUUUGCAUGAAUGCAGACCUGUUGUACAAUAAUGGUAGCUGUUAUCAAUCAGUCAGUCAGAGGAGCUGAAAGGUCACGAAUUGAAGAUCCUUUUCCAACAGAAAAAUGCAAUAUUCUCUUCUGUGCUCAGCUUUACUGUGGGUGUUGGAUGCUCAUCCUGCAAGACAGCUGUAAGGAGACACCUGGGGGUUGAGCUGCAGUGUUUCUGCUGUGACUGGAGGCUGCUCUUUCUCCUUUCAUGAGUAGAAGUUCUGAGGAUGAGGAGGGUGUCCUUCUUGCUGGCUACUCUCUGGACUUUGCAGUGUUUUUUCUUAAACUGUUAUAUCUUCAGGCUGUUGGAUCAACUUAAAUGUUGUGUCAUGGUAAAUCCAGGAUUCAAAUACUAGGCAGCAAAUCACGCAGCUCUGGGGAAGUGGUUAAUUGGCACAAAACCAAAAUGAGUAAUUGGGACGAGUCAAGUGCAUCCAGCUUUUAUUUCUUGUGUUUUGUUUUUCUGAGAUGUAGCUAGUGCUUUAUUGGGUAUAGUCAUGUAAUCAUUUAUAAACUUAAGUGUGUGUGCAAAGGGAAAUCUUGCUUUUGUUUCAUGGCACUUUUUUUUAUUUUAUUUUAGAGAAUUUAGUUGUAGCCUUCUCCAAGUAAGCAUAUUAUAAGUUAGUUUAUCUAGAGGGGAAGUAUUUAAUCAGAGGUGAAGUUGUAACUUAGAGAACUACUUUUGAUGUAAAAUAUGCUUCCUAUAUGACAAAAUUUUUACUUAGCCAGCAAAUCAUUGCCAAUGAGGGACCCAUGAUGUGAUCAUCUUGAUUUGUAUGUUCUUUAUCUUCUAAAAUGUCCCCUGCCUUGUCUAUUGCAAGUAGUAGUUUAGGGUUUUUUUAAAGUCCCUAGUUAGUCUUGGUUGUGUCCUGGAGUUCAUCAGGCAGGGUUUUGAUAUUAUUGCAUGUACUGUAUUCUUUUUCUACUUACAAUCAGUAUUUGAAUACAAAAAUGGGACCAGGUUUUCUAAUUUUCUAGUUAUGCUGUCUUGGUUUUGAAAGAGCUGGUCUCUAAAUCAAUCUGUCAGGUUGGCUUUUUUCUUGUUUAUUUGCUUUAAUGUUUUCAAGUGUUAAAGUUGUGGGGUUUUUUUUCCUAAGCUGAAGAUCUUUCUUUCAGUGGCCACUAUUGAGAUACUAAGGUGAAGAACUUAAAGUAUGUACCUACCCUGUUUCUACAAUCUGCUAUUCUUUGGGUUUGAGUCUUCACUAUGAACUAGUCCUAUGACUUUAGGAGAUGUUUCCAGACCGAUUCCAUUGAAGUCUUUAGGUUGUGAAGAUAAAACUAACCAUAGGGCAACUGUUCAGGAAGUUCUCAGCUGAGAAAACAGGACCUGUUACAAGACCACUUUUUUGUUCCAGUUGUUCUGGUGGUUAAAUUUGUGUGUGCCUGUGUUGUGUGUUUCAUUAUAUAAGUUGUUACCCAGUUGUACAGUAAAAAUAAGUAGCUGUUUCUUCUGCCAGGGUGUGACUCCAAUCCAUGAAUGUAGGAACCUUGUGCAAGUCAUGUUGUCUCCAGGUUUUUUGUCACCUUGCAAAUAUGAAAUGAGUCGAUGCUGUUAUGCUCAAGUUCCAAACAAGCUGUUGGCUUCAUUUUGUUAAGCCUCUUUGCUGAUUCAGUGAUGAGUUAGAAGGUCAAAAAGUUGCAGAGGGAUCUAAGCUCUGGCCACUAGAAGUCUCCAGGGAGCAGAAACGAGAAGCAGGCAGCAGGAAGCGCCCUCAGGGGCAGCUUGCCCUGCUUGCUGUUGCAAAUGUCUUAAGGUGACUUGGUUUUUUAGUGGUAACUUUGAAGAGCAGUAACUCCUUAGGGACAUGCAGGAUACUGAGGCAGUACUGACACUGCUGGAACCAAGCCAAAAUCCAGAGUGACUCAGGGUCUGCAGAAGCUGAAGUGCAGAGAUGCUUGGGUGGGAGCUUGUGAAGUGGUGCCCGAGGGUUGAACACUCCUGCCAGCCAGCUGAGAGGAGAUUGAGCUGUUAAUGCAAAUAAAGACUGCCAAGAUGAUUUUUUAACUUCAAGGUGAUGCACAUAUGUGCCAAGAGUUCCUUAUGCAUGGUUCCCACAAUAUGUGAUGUAAACCAAACCACUAAGUUGCAUCUUGCAGAAUAUUCUUCUAUCUCCUUACAUGUGUGCAAAGCUUCCCAAUGAAACUUCUGGUUACCUGUAUAAAAUGUUGUAUUACCUUCUGUUAAAUAGGCCAAAAAUUGGGGCACUACACCUCUAGUUAGUAGAACUGCACAGUAUUUCAGCUCUACCUGCCUGUGGGUACAGGUGGUGUUAUCAUCCAGUGUUAUGACAUUGUUUGGUGGUGUUCUUUUUACCAGCUGUGUGAUCAGUAAAAAGGAUUUUUUGUUGCCCUGUAGUUGUCUUCUGUGAGAGGUUCUCCCCUUCCUCAUAGUUUUUGUAACCAUGGUAAGAUAUUUCAGCAGAAAGGGAAAGAUUUUUUUUUUUCUUUCUGGAGGCAUCAGGAAUGACUGAAUGGUGUCAAAUUUGCCAGAGUUGUAUGUUCACUCAUGUUUAACUGAGAAAUGGAAAAUGGAUUAAUUUAAUGAAAUUGUGUAGCAGUUUGUGACUGUUCCCUUAAGUGCCAUGUCAGAAAUCAGCAAUAUGCGGUACAAGAAAUAUGAAUCACAAAACAGAAGUGAUAUUAUCUUCAUAAAGAUCAAUGUAAAGAAAAAAAUAAAUUGUUUAUUACUU